AUGGCAGAAACAUCUCUGACAGAAUGGGACAGUGGGCUGUUUGACUGCUUUGAAGAUCCCAGCACCUGCUGCUAUGGUUUUUGGUGCGGCCCUAGCUUGGCCUGCACUGUUUCAAGACGACUUGGAGAAAACACCUGUCUUCCAUUAUGUGAUGUGCUUUCUGGGUGUUUAAGCACCGUCUAUAGAUGCCCUAUAUUUGUUCCUCCUGCAGUCUUGGCUACAAGAGUCGCUAUGAGACACAAAUACAGUCUCAAGGGCUCCAUCUGUGAGGACAUUUUAAUUUCCUGUUGCUGCGGGUGGUGCUCCUGGUGUCAGAUGCAUCGGGAGUUAAAAUAUCGUAAGCAAACCCCAGUCGUCAUCAAUAUGCAGCCUCAAGCUGUUGUCAACAUGCAGCCGGCUCUGGAGCCUGCUCUGGAGAUGAUGAUCCCUGUGGACCCUCUUCUGGUUGAUGUUGUGGACCAGAAAAGAACCAUCCAGGAUCCAUACUGA